AUUUACCAUUAAAUGCAAGCCAUCAUGAUCAGGAUACACGACCAAAUUGUGUUGCUGACAAGGAUUUUCAAGUAUCAACUACUGUCUUGAGCAUAUAUUUUCAAAUUCCAUUGGAAUAUCUACCAUACAUAACACAUGCGUUUUGGAGUAUAGAUGAACGGCAUUGGCUUGGUGAUUUCUGGAGCACAUUUAAUGAAAUGGACUACCAAUAUAUUUCGAUCAAUCAAAACACAAAGCUGACCGCGAGAGAUCUUUCACUUGAGCCUGGGCGAACAUAUCGAUUAUCAUUGAAGUUUUGUGCAGGCGAUGUCUGUUUUCCUGCACUUAAGACUAGUGGUGUCACAAUCAUACCAGACAAGCCUGUUGCAGGACCAAUAUCGAUUGAAUACAAAUAUCAUAUUAACAAUACAGAUAAGAUGGAAAUAACAUUUGCUAAUAUGUAUGAUCCGGACAUUGUGGAUGAAGAUGAAGCAAGACGAGUAGUAUCACUUUACGAAUACAGUCUGCAGGAUAGUUCAUAUGGAAUAUAUUAUUCUUGGUUAAAAGCAGAUGGAAUAUCAGCAGUAAACAGCUCUUUCUCACAGCUUACAAUUCAUUUGCUUGGGCAGAUUGAUUUUUCAAAAUGUCGUAUAUUUGCCUUACGUGGAUAUAAUAGAGCAGGUGUGUGGCAGACAACAUUUGCUGAAAUAAAACCGUGCAAUGGUAAAGAUGUUGUUCCAAAAAUAGUCCUAGAUGUUAUAGGAGAGCAGCAGUUGAACGGAGACGGUUCAAUAAUAGAUGGAUAUGGUAAAGAAAUAUAUCUUGAAGAAACUGGAGGAUGGAAUAUUGAAGACACGGAUUACACUCCGUAUAAAAACAUUUUAAGUGCUGUGUGGCACUCACUGCAGCAUAAAGAUUUUACUUGGGCAGUGAUUGAAAUGAAAACAUUAGAUGCCUUAACGUACUACAAGGAUUUCAACAGCAUUCGUCUUUCAGAUCCAUGUUCACAUCCUGAUGUUGUUACAUGUGGACAUACUGAAAGUGCUUAUAUUAAUGUUUUAUUCAAAGACGAAAGUCCUCUAGAGCACGGUAAACGAUACACAAUAUGCAUUCAUGCUCCAUCAAAAACUCUUGAGUAUGAGACGUACACAGAAGUACUGGAGGAAACAAGUGUAUGCAGUGAUGGUAUCACAGUUGAUCUUACACCUCCUACAACGGGGAAAGUUUGGAUAGGACCAACUUCAGAAGUAGAGUACAAGUUUCAGAUAACAACCUCUGAUAUGUUUGUGAGUUGGGAAUCAUUUGUGGAUAUUGAAGAAUAUGGUACAGCAAGUCAUAGUACUGGAAUACGUCAAUACCAAGUUGCUAUUGGAUCUGUGGAAGGCGGGUCAGAUAUAGUUGAAUACACAAAUGUUGGUGUUUUGAACCAUGUAACAUUUCACAAUCUUCACUUACAGAACGGACAUGAUUAUUUUGCAUCUGUAAGAGGAAUUGAUUUUUCUGGAAGAAGUUCUAUAGCACACUCUGUCUCCAUCAGAGUAGAUACCACUCCACCGCAUCUAACAUCAAGACCUAUUCUAAUUGAUGGCAGACAUAUCAGAAGUUUCACUGAAAUUCGAGCAUGCUGGAAAGAUGUCUUUUAUGACUUAGAAAGUGGAAUUGCAUAUUACAUGCUAGAAGUAGGUUCCAAAGCAAAUAUUGGGGACAUUGUACAAUCCACCGAGACAACUGAAGACUGUGGCGUUCCUAUCCUAGAUGUUGAUGCGCAUCAAGGACAUGCAUAUUUCUUAACAGUCAAGGCAGUCAAUAAAGCAAAUUUAGUAAUAACUGCAUCAUCGUGGGGUUACAUAUAUGAUCAAUCUCCGCCGGAAGUUGGUCAAGUGUUUGAUGGAUUUUUGCAAGAAGAUAAGAUGAAUUCGAUUGAUAUCGACUUUCAGAUAGACUCUACUCAGCUUGGUGCUUACUGGAAAGAGUUUUAUGAUCCACAUACAACAAUAAAAACUUACAAAAUUGCUGUUGGAACUUGUGUGGGUUGUGAUGACGUAUUACAAGAACAUGAUGUUGGAAUAAUAUAUGAGUUUGUUUUGAAGGGAAUAAAUCUUGCUAUUGGUAAGAUAUAUUAUACCACAGUAACUGCAUGUAAUACAGCCGACCUUUGUUCAUCUGUUACGUCUGAUGGAUUUAUAAUUGAUAACAGUCCCCCAAAUAUUGGAAAAGUGAAGGAUGGAGCAGAUUACAUUGACAUAAAUUAUCAAUCUUUAAGAUCAUAUGUAGCCGCAACAUGGCGUGGUUUUAACGAUCCGCAAUCAGGCUUAAAUAAAUACUCUAUCAGAGUGGGGUCAUUAAUGGGAGGAGAUGAUAUCAUAUCGAAGAGUGAACUGCCGUUGACAGAUAUAGCCGUGUUUUCAAAUACUAGUAUUACUGAUGAAAUUCCAACAAACAUCAGAAUCUACAUAACUGUCCGAGCCUACAACAAAGCAGGUCUUUACUCUGAAGCGACGUCAAAUGGUUUCCUGGUUGAUGAUUCCCCUCCAUCCUUCAGUCGCAAACCCGAAUUGUUUCAGCAGUUAGGAUCAAGAAGAGUAAACACAAUUAUUUAUAGGAGUUGUUUGAAAGUCUCAUGGGACGUUAAUGACGAGGAAUCUUUUAUUGAGCGACAGUAUAUCUCUGUGAUCUCACACAAGGGAGGUGAAAUUAAUUCAACAUCGACAGAGCUAAAUGGAAUUGUACGUGAUUUUACUUAUACAAGAUUGGAUCUACACGAUGGGGGAGUAUACUUUGUUACUGUUAUUGCAUGUAAUGGGGCUAAAGUAUGUGUAAAGGAGACAUCAGAUGGCAUUUUCAUCGACAACUCUCCGCCAAUUACAGGAACAUUUGCUAUCGAAACGAAACACGCUGCUAGCCUACAUCGCCAUGUUGAUGGUUGGUGGAUGAAGUGGUCAACAUUUAAAUUAUGGCUGGCAUGGAUAGGUUUUUCUGAUCUUCAUUCUGGUAUAGAUUACUAUAUGGUAUCAGUUGGUAGUAGAUAUAUGCUUGACGAUCUCAAUAGUGAAAAUAAGCCAGAGAAAUUUCACCACAAUGGUUCUGGUGUAGACAAGGGAGACGAGGGUAAAGUGCAGACUUUUGAAGUAGAUACAACAAAAUUAACUGACUACAAUUAUGUGUUCAUCAGUAUUUGGGCAUUAAAUAAUGUUGGACUUCAAAGUGACAUGAUUCACGGUCAAUUUCGUUUGAUUCCUGGUGGUUCGCUUGAAUUGAUAAGACGAUGCUCUUCUAACACAUGUCGAGGACACUGUGUAUGUGCUCCAAAAGAUCAAAGAUGUCCAAUUAAAGGAACGCCAUGUGUAGACAAUACAAAUAAUAACACCAACACUUUAAUUGCUAUAUAUGAUGUGACUGAUAUACGACAAUUAGAAGCAGAUGAUUUUAGUUUUACGCCAUCACAUGACGCACUAGCAGCACGAUGGAAAAUUGUUCAGAUUCAGGGUUUAUUGCCACAGUGGUAUGAAUGGAGUGUAGGAAUAACAGAGUCAAAUGAACCGGAGGGAAUAAUUGACAGCUCUGUGGAAAACGUUUGGCAUCCUUGUGGUCAGAUAGAUAAUGCAAUCUACACUUUGCCUCGAGGGAAAGUUCUAAAUGAUUUCCACCUGUACUCAUUCUUUGUUAGAGCAUGGUAUGAUAGCAACACUUUUGCUGAUUUCAAAUCUGAUGGUGUAACAGUAAUGUCAAAACCACUGACGAAAACGAACGUAUUUGGCGUAGGGGUAAUGGAACAUUUACCAGGCCACUGGAAGAAGGAUAUUGAUUAUAUGCUACGAGGCGGGCUAUUUACAAUUUCAUGGCAUGAAGCAUUUUUGAAGGCCAGCACUGUUAUUGAAAAGUUUCAUGUUUAUUUGAGUACCUACCCUGGUGGUCAUGACAUACACAAAGUGGAAAUAGAUAUUCCAGGAUCAGUAUCGUCGGUCAAUAUAAGCCGAGUCCCUUUAUUACCCCGUGUUAGGUAUUAUUCUAAUGUGGUUGGUUAUAGUUAUGCUGGACAGCACAUGACACUGUCAUCAGAUGGGUUCACUGUAGAUGUUGAUAAACCUUUGGGCGGAGUUGUAAAUGACGGCAUAGGACACAUAGCAAUAGAUUUUCAAAACACUUCACACUUUGUAAGUGCUUCCUGGAAUGGUUUUGGAGACCACGAUUCCGGAAUAAGGAAGUAUUACUGGUGCGUGCAAUCCGAAAUCUCCGAAAGGGAUUGUGAUGUGCUGCCUUAUCUACAUGUUGGUAUUCAAAGAUCAGUAUCAAAAUCCAUCAACUCUUCUAUAGUACGCUCAGGGACAAAGAUUUUUAGUAAAGUAUAUGCUGUUGAUUUUGUUGGUCACGUAUCGGAUACUGCAACAUCUAACGGUGUUGUCAUUGAUGAAACCCCGCCAACACCAGUACAGUUAAUGUUUACCGAAAACAGUAUGAUAAAGAAUCCCUCAUUUGAAGACAGUGAUAAUAAUUUUGUAGACAUUUUAAAUAUGUCUACUACUUAUAUUUGUGGAUAUUCAAAACCAAAACACUGGAAUUCUUCUGAUAACGAUUGCAUUUGCGUAGUGGGCUCUUCAAAAUCUAUUGCCAUGGAUGGUCGAUCAUUUCUUUUUCUCAGAGGAAGUGUUUUGCAGACAUUAUCUAACUUAGAAAGAGACAACUCUUAUAGUGUCAAUUUUUUUACUGCUCAUGUCCCCUUUGAAGAUUCAGUCCUUUCUACAAAAGAAGGUUAUAUUGAAUUUGGAAAUGAAAGACACGUGUUUCUUGUGUACCAAAAGCAAGACAAACAUGGUUCUGACAUUGAUGUAUCCUGGCAUUCUCAAACCUUUUACUUUACCGCAAAGAAUAAAGACGUUAAUAUAACAUUUGGAAGCAUGGACGACACAACAGGCAUUUUACUUGAUAACAUUCAAUUUUCUAAGGUUGAAGUUGUUGAUGGUGGGACACAUUCUUAUCCCGUUUUAUCUCACGCAGUGUGGCUACACGGAUGGUCAUCAAUACACGCCUCAUGGCAAUUUGUUGACGAGGAAAGUCCUAUUGUUGAAUAUCUCUGGGCUAUUGGUUACAAAGAAGGAAGCACAGAAAUACAGAGAUAUACAAGUGUUGGACUAAACACAUUCGCCUACAAUUAUAAUAUUACAUUAGCACAUACUUCUCAAGUCCACAUAACAGUUGUUGCCAUCAAUGGUGCUGGAUUGUCUUCAGUAGCCACAGCAGAAGCCCUUUUUAUUGAUCUUACACCUCCUGAUAUAGAAUUCGUUUAUGAUGGAAUUGGAUAUGAUAUAGACAGUCAAACAACAGAUGAAAUCAUUGCUAACUGGAAGGUUGAAGAUUUAGAGUCCGGACUAUCGCAUUGUGAAUGGGCUGUUGGUUUUAGUGAAUUUGGUAAUGCGAUCCAGGCGUUUGUCCGAAUACCGACAGACCUUUCAUCUGUAUCUAAAGUGUUUGACCAUAGUUUAUUGGCAUCGAGGAAUGUGUACGUGACAUUACGGUGCCACAAUAAGGCAGGCUUACACACCAAAAAAUCGUCAGACGGAGUAACAAUAUCAAACAGUCCUCCUUCUAUACAGAAUGCUCAAGUUCAAAUUUUGGACCAACCAAUUACGGAAUACAGAAGUAAACAAAACUUCCAUGGAAACACUUCUAUUGUGCGACUGAAGUGGAUGGGUUUUGAAGAUAAAUCAGACUUAGAUUCAUUCCAUGUUGAAUUCGAAAACCAGAAAAAGCCGGUGUCUUUAUCAAAGACAAUCCUUUAUGAUAAUGACGGUGUUAUGUACUGUAGUAUGACUGGUUUAGACUUGCAUGAUGGACACUUUGAAGUGAGAGUUUCAGCAAUAAAUAAUGCAUUCCUAUCCAGUGAACCUGUAUCAACAAAUAUGUCUGUGUCAACUAUAAUUCCGAAAGUAUCAGAAACAAAGUCCAUCACAAUGUCUGAAAAUGAAACGAACAGAACUUUAACCAUAAGCUGGGAAACGUAUUUUACCUCUGCAUUUACCUUGUACUAUGAAGUGUCUGUAGGGACAGCUUUAAAUGGGGCGGAUAUUGUACAGUGGCAGGAGACAACAAAUGAAUUUCUCGUGAUGCAUGUCCCACUCCAGGUUAAAUUGUAUAAUGGGAUGACGAUUUAUAUUACAAUAUCAGCCAUUGCAUUAAAUGGGAAACCUACAACAAAAACUAUUGCUCUGACUGUGUAAUCGUGAGACAUUUACUAUCUGAAGUGCGAGGACACAUUUUUGCAAUUAUCUUGUACACGCCCGUUUGCGGCAAGCCUCCUCCCUCAGUAUGCGUUGUGCUUUGUUUGUAUUUUAGAUAAAAAAAAAUUAUUAUUUACUUUUAUUAAAAGAUAUUCUGUAAAUAUUGUACAAUUGCUCUACUCCGACAUGAUUUACGGACAUUAUUAUAAAACAUGCGAAAUAUGUAUCAACUAAAAAUGGUUACUUUAUUUUUUUCUGUUUUUUUUUCUUGACUACACAUUCAGCUAUAUGUAUCUCAUCAUUUCCCCAUUUUAUACUUGUAGAUCUUUUUGUGCUGAACAUUUUUGCUAUUCACUGUUCCGCUUUAUCGGUUAUAAUUUCUGCAAAAUUAGCAAAACUGGGUUCAAAUUAUCUCCAAGGGGCAAUACAUCCUAUUGGUGGACAAUUGACGAUUUCUUUUUUUACUAAUAUAUUUUUAUUGCACUCAAUUGCUGUUAACAAUUGACCUAGUGAACAGGAUUACACUAAGUAUCCCUGCUUUAUUAGUUAAUAAGGUAUCCAGGAAUAAAAUGAAAUAAGAAUAAAUACAUUACAAUAUUAA